AUGAAAAUACCGAGUUGGAAUGGCAUUUCAAUAGCACACAAAGUGAAAGAAGAUAUUUUCGAAGCCAGUUGUUCCCUAUUUGCACGUGAUCUCUGCCACGCCGCCUUGCUGCAGAUCUUGUCUGCUGCGGCAGGAUCCUAUUGGGUGCCUAGAUCAGUGUUGCCACGCCGCCCUGCUGUAGAUCUUGUCUGCUGCAGUAGGAUCCUGUCGGGUGCUCAGUCAACCACCCAGGCUGGACCAUUGCCAGCUGCCCAGCAGGAUCACUGGACAGGAAAUUACACUCAGCAAUUGGCCUUGGCAGCAGCUUCUUAUGCUGAAGUACAGCUGCUACAGGUCAGUAUGUGGAGCGGCAUACACUCCAUUCUUGGGAAUUCAAUUCAGUUUGAAUUGAUUUCAAGUGGAUCCAGACAUGGUAAAAAGGAGUAUGUGACUGAAGUGAAGGUCAUUAUCCAGUUGAGACACAGGAAUCUGGUGCAACCUAUUGGUUGGUGCCACGAUCGAAAUGAGUUCAUACUCGUCUAUGAAUUCAUGCCAAAUGGUAGCCUUGAUUCCCACCUCUUCCGUGACAAAGAUCCACUGACUUGGUCUGUGAGGUACCGAAUAUCGCUUGGAUUGGCAUCUGCAAUUCUAUACCUUCAUGAAGACUGGGAGCAGCGUGUGGCGCACCGAGACAUUAAAUCAAGCAACGUAAUGCUUGCUUCCAGUUUCAAUGUCAAGCUCGGUGACUUCGGGUUGGCUAAACUCAUGGACCAUAAGCUAGGUCCCAAAACAACAGGGUUGGCUGGAACCUUAGGCUACUUGGCUCCGGAAUACAUAAGUACAGAUAGGGCUAGUAAGGAGUCGGAUGUUUACCAACAUUAUGAUUACUUCAAGGCAAAGAGAUGGUUACCAACAGUAUUUAAUUCAUUAAUAUCACUAUAA